GACAUGUCUUCACUAUGAUUAAAAAUUCUCGGUACUUACCAGAACAUCUUCUGAGAGUAGUUGAUCCUGUGAUACAACACAAUGCUUAUUUCGCGCAUCCUGAAAAUUUGCUUUUAUCUAUGGUCACAGAUGAAAAUCGGAAUGUACGUAAGAUUGGGGUACAAAGGAUUUUAAAAGCCAGAGAGACAACUUCUACUGCGAAGAAUUCGGUGCGCUCAUUCAUUUUGCCAAAACUGAACUUUAAUGCCACUAAUUACUAUGAAAUGAUCGACUGGUCUUCUACAAUACUAUCACCUCCUCCAGUACUAAGAAAUGUCUUAAAUGCAGAUCUGUUAUCUUCCAUUGAUAACCAACCAUCUAUCUCUCAAUGGAACUUGUCAAGCUUUCCAUGCCACACUCAAGCGGUAGAGCGAACUGUUAAGCUUGUCACUGAAGCGUCGAACAAGUUUGCCUAAAUUUGAUCACAAAUCCCAGUUUGUAAUUAACGCAUAAAGAGAGUUCACUGUACAAAUCUUCACGAUCGUAAAUUUUUUUAAUGAUAGUA